AUGACUAAUAUGCGCUCCCUGAUCGGCUAUAACCACAUCUACAGUACAGCAUAUCAUCCGCAAUCUUACGGCAUUGUAGAACGCUUUAACAGCACUUUCAUCCCGCAAAUUUCCAAGUUACAGGAUUACGAACAUAAUAAUUGGGAUGAAUAUCUACAGGCUGUUGUCUUCGCAUAUAACUCCGGUGUGCAUAAAACAACUCAAUAUUCACCGUAUGAAUUACUUUAUGGACGUCCACCUCCGACUCACUUUUCAUUCCCUUCUCCUUGCGAUUAUUUAGACCAACUCCACAAGACACUCAAGCUAUAUCAUAAGUCUGCUCAAUCUUAUAUCGUUCAGCAGCAAGGUCGCAAUAAAUCACGCUAUGAUACUAAUCGUUCUGACCCCUAUUACAAUGUAGGCGAUCGCGUUCUUACACGCGUUCAUGGCAUGAACGAUAAACUUGGACCUCUCUUUUCACCAUCCCCAAAAAUCGUUGUACACACUCCAUCCCACAUAUAUGGUUUGUGA